AUGACUCCGAUCGACUACCUACCGGAAUCCAGCUUCACUAGUCGAGUGACUUUCGGCGACAACGAUGUCGCCUACACCGCGACGGAUUCCCUCAUCUUCCGCUUGGUGGACAAGCGCAGGACGCCCCGAUCACUCGAACCAGAAUACCUAGUCGAGUACGUGGACGGACACAAACACGGGAUUCGCGCGUCCAAGCUACAAGAAUACAGGACUUACAUUGACAGCUGCGUGUCGGACUCUGAACGCCUUCCUCCCCGCCAACUUGACCAGCUGGAACGAGUUGGGGCUGAUUCCCAGACCUUUCAAGGCGCGGUGGAAUUGAGCAGUUUGGUGACCAACCCAGGAGCUCUCGCGCCGUCUGAUACAUUUGAGAAGUACAAGGACUUCUUGCGGCUGUUCCAAGCGUCGUUCAAGAUGUUCGCCCUUGAACAAACCACCUUCGAUCGCAGCAGUGAAGACGACCUGCCGGCAACUCAUACUCCUCCACCAAAUUCCGAUGACAAAGCAAAGUCUGUCGCACCCAGCAUUCCUCGGGCCCCAAUCGUGUUGGAUGCUGAGGCGGUGAAGCGACUGGACCACGUGGACUUGUCAGCCGAGGCGAAGAAGGCGUAUCUGCAGUUGCGGUCCUCCAAGUCGUGUCAGCGUUGGGUCGAGUCCUUUCAGUCCUUGCCGGUGUGGUCUCGAUACGCUUGGAUCUGGUAUGGGCAUUACGGCGAGGCCGGGUAUGUGGUCGACCAGUCUGCUAACCAUCCCAAGUCAGGUCUGAGCCGCGCCAAGAAGGCGUGGUUGCUUUUGGGGGGGGACUUGUAUCGCAUGGAGAGGCACAGCGUCUUUCAGUAA